AAUUGUGACAAAAAUAGUGAUAAUAAUAAUAACAACAAUAGUGAGGAUAAUAGUGUAGUGCAGCCAUCAGUUGACUAUUGCCGCCUCCGCCGCCAAUUGGUGGCCAAAUUGUUGGCCACUGAACUAGACUAUCGGCGCACAGUUAUCUCAGUCAAGGGUCUCUACGAAAAGCCGUUAAAAAAACUGUGGUGUAUUACCAUUGAUGAGCACCGGCAGCUGUUUGAUUGGACAGACUCCAUGUGCUCGAUGAGUGCCCAGAUCAUUACCAAGCUUGAAUCAGUGCUCAACUCAUGGGAUGAUAGGACUUCAUGUAUCGGUGCGAUAUUUUCAAAACAAUUGUGGCAACAAUACGAUAGCUAUUUAUCAAAAUAUUCAACAAUUUUAAAUUUACUAAAAGACAAACAGGACACGGAGGACGAGUUUCUAGUUAUUUGUCGCCUACAUAAAGGUGCUGCUAAGCACCGGCUCAACGAUUUGCUACACUUACCGUUGGAUCGUAUAGCACAGUAUGACAAAUAUCUUCAACGACUGGCCAAUAAAACCAGUAGAGAUCAUCCGGAUUACACUGAUAUAUGUAGUGCAGCCCUAAAAUCUCAAACGAUGAUGAAGCAGCGCACAGAUAGCAGCCGUCUAGCACCGGGAGGUUGUGGGGAAAGUGGUGUUGGUAAUGGUAGUGACCUGGAUAGGAUCCAGGAGCUAUUUCCCAGUGAUAAUCUAAGACUACACGAAACUGAUCCAUUAUCACCGAUACGUUAUAUUAUAACUGGAUUACAUGGUAUUAUCCAUAAAAUUGGUGGAUCGUCGGCAUCCAGUCAUCAUACAAACAAACAGUCAAACAAACACAACAACAAUAAUCAAAAUAAUAAUAAUAAUAAUAAUAAUACUAAUAACAAAUUGGACUAUAAUUCCGAUAAUUGUGUCAAUAGAUAUUUUAUAAUGGAUGGACCCGUCCUAUUUACUAUUGGCGUCCAAAGUCAAGAAAGACAUUUGUUUUUAUUUAAUGACUUAAUGUUGAUCGCAAAGUCCAGAUCUUCAGGCAAUUAUAAACUGAAGGAAAAGUGUCGCGUCAGCGAAAUGUGGUUAUCAAAGACAUCAAUAGAUGAUGUAUGCGAAUCAACUAAAUCGUCGGACACCUCCUUUGUGAUGGGCUGGCCCACUACCAAUGUGGUGGCAACGUUCAGUAGUGCCCAAUCCAAGGAGUUAUGGCACGAGAGGAUACAACAAUCCAUUAGCAAAAUCAAGGACAAGGAGGGCAAAUCAAAUACAACAAUACAGGUAUCCUAUUGGGAUCCAGUGGCCAACGAGGACAAGUAUACAUUGGUUAAGGUGACCAACCAGUGUACUACACGGGAUACUAUUGAUACGGCGCUCCGGGAGUUUGGUUGUACCACUGAUAUACCGACACAGUCGCCAACCACUGAGACAUCGUCGGCUGACUUAAGUGCUGACUAUCAGCUAUGGGUAAAGACAUCCCGUGACGAUACACCCUAUCCGCUGGUUGGCCACGAAUAUCCGUUUGCCAUCAAAAUGAACUUUGUCCGCGACCUACUUCACCGAUCCAAUCUGGAUCUGCAUAACUUCAAUACGAUGGCCGCCGAUAAUAAAUGUAUAUUCAUAUUGCGCCGAUCGUACCCGAAAACAACGUCGACGACUGUCCAACAAUCGUCGCCAGUUUCCGGCGGUCAUCGUAACCGCCGAUUAGUGUUGUUGGACAGUAACGGUAAAACACAAAAGUCAAAAUCCAAACGUCGGCCAAUUAACUGGCCAUUCAAACGUAUAUCGUUGCACAAAUCGGUUAGUACUGGGGCCGGACUAUCGGAUAUUUCGUCGGCAUCGAUGACCGAUAGCGGUAUCUGUAGCGGCAGCGAGCCGUCCAGUCCCACUAAAGGCAAACUGUUUGGCCAACAUUUGGACCUACUGUGCAAUGAUGACGAUGACGGACAGCUACCGAAACCUAUUAUGAAUAUGCUACAUGAGCUGAUCCAAAAGGGUCCGUACACUCUGGGCAUAUUUCGCAAGUCGGCCAACGCCCGAGUAUGCAAAGAGUUUCGGGCAAAAUUGGAAACCGAAACGGAUCCCGAUGUUGGCCAAGUACCGGUCAUUGUUGUUGCUUCCGUAUUCAAGGAGUUCCUGCGAUCGUUGCCCGACUGUCUACUACAGUCGCAACUGUAUCCGCAAUGGAUCGACGCCAUCAACAGUAGCAGUGGCGGUGGUAGUGGUGUUGGUCAUCACCAACAACAGUCUGACUGCCGGGAACGGGUCAGCCGACUGCUGGCUCAGUUACCCGCAGCCAACCUGCGUCUACUUAAACAUGUCCUAUGCCUGCUCUGGCAUAUCCAGCAGCAGUCCGGCCAUAAUAAGAUGUGUUCAGUCAAUCUGGGUGUCUGUGUUGGCCAAUCAUUGUUGACACCCAAUCCGUUCGGCGCUCCCAAUCCCGUACCCCCGUCGACACAACGAUGCGAAGAAAUGUCAAAACAAGUGCCAAAACUGAUAGCAUAUCUCAUCGAUCAUUGCCCUGAUUUGUUUGGCGGCGAAACACUACGCCUGUUGGGCGGACCGGUAGCUCAAUCGUCUUCACCGUCGAUGUCGACUGUCAUCGGUGUCGAUGCGGACCCGAAUCGCCAGGAUUCGGGUGCCGAAGAAUCUGAUAGUUUAAACAGUUUGCCCGAUAGUAACAACAGCGGUAGUGGUGUAGUUGUUAGCGGCGGUGGCGGUGGCGGCGUCGGUACCGGUGCUCUCAGUACGAGCAGCAGCAGCAGCACCGGUAGUGAUGGCGGUAACAAUCAUCACCGAUCGGACGACUCGUCCAUCGAUAGUCUGGAACGGGCACUGAUGGACGAUAGUACCCGAGGCAGUCCGGGUGUUACUGUCGAGGGCCGACACACUGGCAGCGGCGGUGGUGGUGGUGGUGGUGGCCAUCGGUUGACAAACAAGAUGUCAUUGUCUAAUCUGUCGCGCGAUUCGGGUCUAACCCUAAGCGAUACACAGCUAUAUACUGACGAUGUGGACAUCGAUGACGACGACGACGAUGAUAUGGACGACCACUUUCCCAGCAGUGGCGGCGGUCCCCAGUCGUCCUAUCCGUAUAUGACCAAAUCGGUACCGCAUAUGUUGGAUCAGACUGGUCUCAGCAACAACAACAACAACAACGACCCGUCAGAUAUUAACGUAACGUUCAGUUAUGGCCGAUCGGUCGGUGUCAGUAUUGACGGCUCCUGUCACGAUGUAGUUAUGCGCAAACGUCGCCAGCAUCUGGGUCUAGGAGGUCAACAUACCGGUGCUGACUAUCAUCACCAGCAGCUGCAGCAACAACAGUGCAACAAUAGAUACCAUCACAAUCAGUAUAGACAUAGUGCCGCUCCGGGCGGUUAUUCGCCAGCAAACUAUGGCCAACAAUCAGCACAUCCUCAUAAUCAUCAUAACUAUCGACACAAUAAUAAUCAAAAUUCAUAUUAUAGACAAUCAUCGGUUCCGUCAACACAACUGUCCGUACAUAAUCACAGCAACGGUUAUCAUAAUCAUCACUACAGCAGCCAUAGUCCCGGUGCUGGUGGCCAUCAUAAUCAUCACCACAAUCUCUAUCAUCAGCACAUACCUAUCCAUUACUCCAAGUCGUACAGCUAUGGCAUCAAUGGCGAUAUCAGCGGCAAUGAUGACCAGACGCUCAACAACAACGACAACAAUAACGAUGAUUAUGGCCGAGACUAUCAACGCGAAUACCGUUAUCGUAGACCACCGUUAGCUGCCGUACUGGGCGGUGCUCCUGUAGUAGUAGCCAAUGGUCAUCAUCAUCACUACUACCGUCACGGCUAUCACGAUCAUCACCACGAGAUUAGCGACCAAUAUCUGCGGCGGACGACCUCCGAGGAGAGUCUGGUUCGCUCGUAUGGCGAUACUGUCGACGCAGAUAUGACUACUGCCGGCAACGGUGGCGGCUAUUCAUCGCUCCAGUACUCGGCCGCCGCUGCCAGUCCUGUCCAUCAAAAACAGUCGUCGUCUACUUACUAUAACAACAACAAUACCAGUGCUGCGGCAACGGCGGCAACACAAGUGACCUUUCGGGCCGAUGUCCACCACUACACCAACAACAACAACAACACCAGUCAUACCACUACCAACAACGGCGGUGUUGCGAAAGUGGCCAGUUCAUCAUCAUCAUCGGUCAUAACUACCACCGCCAGCAACAACAACAAUACCAACUCGGAUACUGCUUCACAGCGUUCGUCACUAUCAUCGAGUCGACUGUCCUCAUCAUCGUCUCUGUUGCGAAACAGUAGCGUCGGUUCGGGUGGUGGCGGCGGUAGCGGUAUUAUAACGUGUCCUCCGAGCUAUCAGGAGACUAUGACCCGCAAAGAGAUACUAUGUCGGGCCCAGAGUAGCACUGCUCUGAACGUUAGCAACGGUGGCGGCAGUAAUAGUAGUACUAACGGCCGUAAAACGUCGUCGGCGUCGACCAACUCGUCCACCAACGCGGCCGCCAACUCAUCGCCCAAUCAUAUAUACGAAGAAUCGGUUCGUGUAUACAAUUCGGAUAUCGACAACAAACGCAACGUUACCCAUAGGGCAGUACCCGCACGGGUAGCUCCUAUUGGCGGCAACAACAGUGACAACAAUAAUAGUUUAGUGUCGGUACACAAACAGACUGUCCAACGGGCGGCCAGCGAUGGCCAUUCGCUGAUGGUUACCAAUACUGCCGGUGCCCGAGUCGUACGUAUAUCUGCUCAACAACAAUCUUCGUCUCCUUCAUCGUCGCCAUACGUCUAUCAUACCAGUGCUCAACAGACACUGUCGACGCCUCCUCAGUCGUCGUCGUCCUCAGCGGCAAACGUGUCGUUUCUUCAGCGAAGUGCCAAAGACUGUACACCCGAAGAGUGGCGCAAAGACAUACCGUGCAAUGUGGCCACACUUCGCAAACUGUUCACACCCGCCGCCGGCAGCGGUAGCUCCCAGUCCUCACAAUCUGGGUCACCAUCGCCGACAUCCCAGUCCUGUUCGUCAUCGACAUCGGUAUCGCCAACAUUGAAUCAGACGCCGCCAAACAAGUACAACAUAUAUGUCCGUCAAUCUGGUCGACCGAUAUCCGUACUGAUCGAGACUACCGGUGCCCACAACAACAAUAAGCUUAGCCAUCAUCGGUCCAUUCAUGAGUCCACUAAUAAUAAUAAUAAUGGCCAACCAUUAAAAGGUGUUACCGUUGUACACGUAGGCCAGCAACAGCAGUCUACCGGUGCUGCCCCUCCCGGCGGACAAUUGUUGACCACUACUACUAGUACUACCAGUGUUUUGCAUCAUAAGAGGACAGACUCUAUAGGUAACAGUUCAUCAUCGGAGGAGGAGUCCUAUGUAUAG